GUUCCGUUUUGGUAACAGCUAGCUUCACACCAGCUUGGCAGGAAGGGAACAUUUCUGGAGGUUUUCGCUUUAGUUGCUGCAUCUUUAAGUCAGCCAGAGGCAAAAGUCCACAGCUGGUUUGACAACCAGAUUACGCCACACUAGUCCAACAUGACGAAGCACGAGUUUGAGGUGGCGAUGACGUGUGAGGGAUGCUCUGGAGCUGUUACCAGAGUCCUCAACAAGCUGGGAGAUGUAAAGUUUGAGAUCGACCUGCCUAAGAAACUGGUUUGGAUCGAGUCCGACAAAGAUGUGGAAGUUCUCUUGGCGACACUGCAGAAAUGCGGGAAGGAGGUCAAGUACAACGGCACUAAAUGAAGGAAUCUGCCUCGCGAAGAACAGGAAAUCACUGCUGCUGAUGCAAAGUGAAGAUUUAUGCUGGAAUUCAAGUCUGAUGGAUCCUCAGUGACCCCUCCCACCCUUAGAUGCCAAACCUGUCCUCUCCUCAAGCUCACACGCACAAAAAACUCCUCUUGUAUGCAGAUCAUCUCUCAGUGUUGUGAUUUAUAAGGCCAUGCUGUUGUGCUGGGAGCACUUGUCCAUCUGUGAAAAGAGAAAAUCUCAAAUUUAUGUGCAACACUGGCCUGAACUAUCACUACAAUCACUCUCCAACAUGCCUCUAUUCAGCAUUCUGAUUUACAUAACUGUAUUUUAGGGAAUUUCUUAAAAUGUCCUGAAGUGACAGUAACGUUUUAUAUUUAGCUCUACUUUCAGAUGUCUUUAUUUAAUAAAAAUACAUAAGAACUCUAAAACAGAAGGACAUGCAGCUGCAGAUUUGAACCAUUUUCAGCAUUUCCUGUUUGCUGCUAAACGAACAUAAGCAAACACUCUUUAACACAAUUGAAGUACAUUCCCUGGAUUGUAAAACAUGCUGUAAACUAUUAGCUUGGUCUUCCUCAGCUGUGACAUUCAGUAUUAUGUCAUUUGUUGGAUUUAAACUAAUUAAAAGUGAUUAUUCAAGAUGAAGGUGUUUGUAGUUCUGCAUCAUGUCGGGUCUUGGUCCGUCUCUGGGACCAUCUGCUGGACUUGAAUCUAUAAAGCUGUUUCCUUUUAGCUUGAUAACACUUAACAUUACGAUAAUAUAUUAACACCACAGUUCAUUUAAAUCAUGUUGAUUGAUUUUUACUAACAGAUAUCUGUUGUCUUCUUACAACGUGAAACACUUGUUGUAAUUCACUCUUUUUGUUACUUUGGGAGAAAUAUCUCCUCCCUCUCCGGGGCUUUUGUAGCUGUCUUGAUGUGUUGAGAAGGCCCUGCGGAAAUAAAAGCACUUCUGCCUCA